GCUACUCUUUCGGGUUGGUGUUGGUAUAAAAGGCCACAAAUCAUUGACGGGCAGCAUCAUUAAGCCAACAACUGAAAAGCACUCAAGAUGCGUCUAUUUGUGACCCUUUGCACUCUGCUGGCCGUCGGCCAGGCCAAGCCCCAGCAGGGCUACAACUAUGGCAGCGGCCUCUCCGGCACUCUGACGACCCACAGCCAGGGCAGCCAUGGCGGCGCGGGCUUCCUCAGUGCGCCCAGCAACACCCACAGCGCUGUGGCCCCCUAUGGUCCGCUGGGCGCCUUCCAGAGCGCCAGCGUUGGCUCGCUUGUGGGCAGCGUUGCUCCCCAGGUUGGCUACAGCAGCGGCGGCUCCGGCUCCUCCUCCUCAUCCUCGAACUUUGGCGGCGGCCGUGCCGCUGGCUUCUCUAACUAUGGCGGCUCCACUGGCGGCUUCACUGGCUUCGGCCCCAGCCCGAACAUUGGCUUCGGCGCCCUCUCGGGCUACCAGGCACCCAGCUACCAGAAGCAGCAGGAGCAGGAGGUGCAGCGCGGCUUCCAGGAGCCCAUCAUUCACAAGCAAUUCUUCACCGUCGCCGCACCCGAGGAGCACGAGAAUCUGGAGCGUGCCAAGCAUCUGGUGAUCGGUCGCCCGCAGAAGAACUAUCGCGUGGUGUUCAUCAAGGCGCCAUCCUCGAGCAAUGCCAAUGUGAAGCUGUCGGCCGAGUAUGCGCCCAAGGAGGAGAAGACCGUCAUCUAUGUGCUGUCCAAGAAGGACAAUCAGCUGGAGGUCAACGACAUUGCGACGCCAGCGCCCACAGUGCCCAGCAAGCCGGAGGUCUUCUUCAUCAAGUACAAGACAGAGGCGGAGGCAUCUCAUGCCCAGCAGCAGAUUCAGGCUGAAUACGACAGGAUUGAGGGCACUUCGGAGCACAGCGAUGGUGGCGUGGCGCCUGCUCAGUCCGUGGUCGGCAUUCUGGAUGGCGGCGCCCUUGGCUCGGCCAGCAGUGGCAGCGCUCAGUACACUGGCGGCAGCUCUGGUGGUGGCUACACUUCCUCCGCUGGCGGCAGCUCGACAGGUGGCUACACUUCCUCCGCUGGCGGCAGCUCGACUGGCGGCUACACUUCCUCCGCUGGCGGCAGCUCUAGUGGCGUUCAGAAGACUGCCCAAAGUGCCACCUAUCUGCCGCCCAAUGGCAAAUAGAAAUGGCAAAAGCGAUGAGCCAAUAGCAUGAAUAUCCCUUUUUUUUUUACCCAAAAUAAAUGCAACGAAGAAUCCCUAACAAG